AAACGCCUCCCGUCGUGCACCGGGGCGCCGGCGACUCACCCGGAAGGAGAAGCCGGAAUUCGGGCUGUCUGGUGCGGUGCUGAGGGUGUCGCUGUAGAGAGCUGCUGCUGCUCUCAGGAGCCAGCCCGGAUCAUUUGUUGGCAGUACAUAUUGGCUGAAGUCAGUUUUCAUUUCAAGAUGUUUUCUUCCGAUGGGCUUUUGGUGUAGGAUGUUGGAGAACCAAGAGCUGGAGGAGGUGAUCACAGUGCGUGUUCAGGACCCCCGGGUGCAGAAUGAGGGCUCCUGGAAUUCUUACGUGGACUAUAAGAUAUUCCUUCAUACAAACAGCAAGGCCUUUACCGCCAAGACCUCCUGUGUGAGGCGCCGCUACCGUGAAUUCGUGUGGCUGAGGAAGCAGCUUCAGAGGAAUGCGGGUUUGGUGCCGGUACCUGAACUUCCUGGGAAGUCCACUUUCUUUGGCAGCUCUGAUGAGUUCAUUGAGAAGCGACGGCAAGGUCUACAGCAUUUCCUAGAACAGGUCCUACAGAGCGUGGUCCUUCUGUCAGAUAGUCAGUUGCAUCUCUUCCUCCAAAGCCAGCUCUCAGUGCCUGAGAUUGAAGCCUGUGUCCAGGGCCGAGGCUCCCUGACUGUGUCAGAUGCCAUUCUUUGCUAUGCUAUGUCAAAUUGCGGCUGGGCCCAGGAAGAGAGGCAAAGCACCUCUCACCUGGCUAAAGGAGACCAGCUUAACAGUUGCUGCUUUCUUCCAAGAUCAGGCAGGAGGAGCUCUCCUUCCCCACCUCCCAGUGAAGAGAAGGACCACUUAGAAACGUGGGCUCCAGUGAUCGACUCUGAGGGCCCAUCCUUAGAAAGUCCCAUGCUGCCACCCAACUCUUCACCAUCAUGCUGUGAUAUUGCAAGACCCGAUGAGGGACUCUCUGUGACCCAGCCUGUGAGAAGGACUGUGGGAGGGGACCAUGCUGUGCCUUUGGAUCCUGGUCAGCUAGACACAGUGUGGGGAAAGUGAACUGUGGCUGAGCCCUAGGUUCUCUUGGGUGGUGGAGAAGAUGCAGGCCACAGUCGCAUUCAGGUGGGACUGGGCACAGGGCAGGUGUAGGGGAAGUUGGUCUGUUUAGCAUCUUCCCUCCACAUCUACUCAGGUUUGCUGUGCAGAGGUUGGUUGUGGCUGCCUGCUAUAUCUCCUCCAUGGGAAUAAACACCACAUGGGUGUUUGUAAGUUAAGCACAGGGUCCAGAAGCUGUUGAUUUUAAAUAGAACUGUAUUUACUUCCUCAGGAGCUGAGUUUCUUCAGGUGUUUGUUUAGACACAGGGCACUGCCAUGGGUGAAUGGUUUGGGGAACCUCUUCAUGGCAGAUUUAUCUGCCGUAUUGAAUACUGUCCCAACAGAAUGCUUCUGUUGUUAUAUUCCCAUCUUGGCAGGCUGCAGUUUUUGUUGCAGUCCCUGGAGCAUUUUGGUUGUGGGAGGCUGGCCUCUUACCUGUCUCCUUGUGUGGACAGGGUGGUGCUCCUUGCUUGUCAGUAACAGGCAGUGACAUGACUCUUAUUGCUGGAGUAUCCAGUGUCUUCCAAGACCUUGGCAGGUUGAGUGGGGCCUGAGAGCUGUAGGCAAGCAGUUCAGGACCAUCGAGGCCAAGUGGCUGGUUGCAGCCGGGGGAGGGGACAGUGCAGAGGUUUUGUUUUGGCAGAGGCAUCUCUGGGCUGUUGUUUUCUGCUUCUAAAGCAGAGCUGGUGUUUCUGCAGGGGCAAAGCAGGCUCCUUUAUGUUUUCUCUCUUAAUAGCAACUCCCUGUCCCCAGGGCUUUAGCUGCCACAGUGCCCAUUGCUGCAUUGCAGGGAAGCCACAUGCUCAAUCCAGUGGGGGCACACAGGCUUUGUUUCUCAUGGAAGUGAGGACUCUGGGGAUGGAGAUGAGGAACCACGUGGUUUUCUUCAGAGAUUGAGCUCCUGCCCUCCUGCUGCUGAAACCCUGUCUGCAGGGGGUGGGGGGCUGGUAGCUGGAGUGCUAGGUGGGCUCUGCUGUGUUCACCUUGUUGUUGCUCUGCUCUUAGGUUUGUGUGUGCUUCCUCCCCUCUGGCCAUCUGCCCGUCUGUGGGCUCUUUUACUACUAGCCUGUGUUGUGGGAUUGUCAUGGCAUUUAGUUCAGAGUUGAGGGGUUUUGGCCUGAAAUAAAAUACAAGUAUUUAAGA